AUGGCGACUGCUGGUCGCCCUGGAUUCUUUUGUACCCGCCCUGAUGGGACCCUCACCCCACUGGUAGCCAUCGAUGAGUUGCCCACCAACGUCACCAUCCGUGGUGUCUCUCGCACCCUCAAUGCUGGAGAGACUCAGGGUAUGACCAGCUGUGGCCUGGCUACCCAACGUUCUGAGCCUUGGUGUGUUGAUGGGGUCACCCAAUCCUCUGAAGGUGAGGCUGGGAAGUGGCCUCAUCGUGAUAUGCACAGCCUUUUGCUGCAAAUUAUCACCAAUAACAACGUUCCUGAUCCCAUGCGGGUUUCUGCUCAGGCUAUCCUGUUUCAGGGAAUUGACCGCCACGGCCUUACCGGCGAUGGCACUCCUGCCGGUGGACUGUCCCCAAUUGCGCCAACCUUCUAUGCCAAGAACCCUCAGAUGGGCAAUAAGCAUGCCUCAAGCACCAAGAAGGAGUAUUGUUCGUAUUGGAUCCGUCACGGUGAAUGCGACUACUUGCAGCAAGGAUGCCUUUACAAGCAUGAAAUGCCCGUCGACUUGAGCAUGAUUGAAAAACUUGGCCUGCGCGACAUUCCCCGCUGGUACCGCGAGAAGUACAACGUUGCGAGUCUUUUGCAUCCAAGCCAGGCGCGCCCUCAGCUCACAAUUGCUGAUCAGCCACCCAUGCGCGCCCUGCCAUCGCCUGACUCAAUCACCGAGAGCUGCGCUAGCAAGGUCUCUACCAUCAAUGCGAACCCAAAGGUUAACAAGUCUCUAUCUCAGUUCAACAAAUCUCCUCCCCGUGGACCAGCCAACCGUGGAAACCUCAGCGGUUUUGGCAAUCACCACCAGCAUCGUGGCGGCCGCCAUGGCAACAACUGGAAAGGCACCCACCGCGGUGGCCGUAACCGCAACACGGGCUAUGUUCGUCCAAGCAUCAGCGGCGAGCAUGAUGGUGAGCGCAGCGGCGAGUGUUCCCCCGGCAUGGGAUCUCCCCGACCCGCAUUUGAUUAUGAAGCUCAUGGAUUUGGUGGUAACAAAGUUUGCACCCCAACCACCCCAGCCGCUGUUCUGGUCACUGUUCCGAUGACUGCCUCGACUACCGGUCAUAUUGGCACUCCCAUGGCUGCCCAUCAAUCUUUGUUGGAUGACGGUAAAUCCCGCAACCGGAAUGCCUACUGGCCAGUCAAUGAGCUGACCGAAUGUAACGAAGGUGUCUUUGAAAAUACUUCUACUUCGAACAAGCCGGUUGGGCCCCGUCACCAUCAGCCUUUUCACCUUUACCCGCACAGCUCAGUCACUUCUUCCGAUGGCGGUGCCAUGCUCCCCGCCAUGAGCUACGAUUCGUCCUUCGGCGCAUUCACUCAGGCUGAAAUGUCUGCUCGCAAGCAGUCAGUUUCGAACAACUCUCAGAGCACCGUCCAGAUCAGCUAUGGACCUUCGUCUCCUCACCUUGGAGAUCUUCAUAUCGCUGACAACAUCCCUCUCAACUCGGCCGAAACUCGUGUCACUUGGGGCCCCAUUGGAGGUCCCAUUCUAAAGCGUACUUCACCGCCAACUGAGAACUUUGCGCAGUUGUUUGGACCUUACUCCAACACCCCCCACAGCAACUAG